UGCGUCUGCCCAUACCUCAACUGCACACUACAAUCUGCAGCAUAGGAUGUAAUCAAUCCCACAUGUUUCAUCUCUUUAACUCGGGGCUUUUGAUUAUUUUUUAUAAAUCUAUAUUUUUUGGUACUAUUUCUCAUUCAUUGCUCGUUAUGCAUGGACUAACUUACCAGACAUGACGGGGACUCACUUUCUAGUCUGCAAAGCCAAAACUCCGCUGAAUGCAAGGGGAACCCGAAGUUCAUAAAAAGGGAUUAUUUGCAUCUGGGUGCCUGAAACCUUCGGUGCCUCCGGAUUUUACUUUGGAUUUGGGAUUUAUCGGUUCUCGCCAGGAUGGAAAGCCGGGAUUUCGCUCCUCCACACCACCUCCUGACAGAGCGGAGCGCGUUGGUUCACAGCGCCGCGUCUCGGAUGGCGCCAGGCGGCCACGGCUCCGUGCAGCACCCCGCUCACUUCCAGCCUGGGAAAUACUACUCAUCCCACCUCUCCAUGGGCCCGCACUCAGGUGCUUCCUUCAUGGGUUCCUUCCUUGCCAGCAGUUUGGGCUCUCCCCCUUCGCACCCUCCUCACCCUCCGGGCCCCCCUGCGUCCCCCUCCUCCCCCUCCUACAGGGGAGGACCCCACUCCAGUGCCUCUCCCAUCUGGUUCCCCCAUUCACAUGAAGGGUAUCCCCGCUAUUCAGGAAGUCUUGCUUCUCCGUUCCUCCCCAUGAGUCCCCUCGAUCACCAUAGCAACGGUCUCUAUGGACAGCACCGCUUCUAUGAAACUCAGAAAGAUCACUUUUACCUGAGAGGCCUUCCUGCCCAGCCCCCUCUCCUCUCCACCAAUCACAGCCUUCCACCACUGUCGAGGACCGCCCCCGGCCACCCACUGGGCUCUUGCAGCCGAGAGACUGACACGGGCGGAGGAGGAGGCGGCGGGGGAGGAGGAGGAGGAGGAGGGAAGAGCGGCAAGGAAGCAGGGGAGAAAGCGGCGUCGUCGGCGUCAAAGGAGAAGGAGCGAUCGAGCAGCAAAGAGCGGCACCAGGAGGUCAAAGAUAAACAUCACCAGGUCCACCAUCACCACCCACAUCAGGCGAAUGCAGCCUCCACCACUCCGCCGGGCCACCACCAGGCGUACCACCAUGCCCUCCCCCCUCACCUCACGCCGCUGGGCAGGGAGGAGGACCACAGACACUCCCUGGAGCGACACAAAGAGUAUAGAGACAGUGACUUGGGCAGCCAGGGGACGAAGCAUUUGAGCACCUGUAAACUGUCCAGCGGCUCUGGGACAGAGACUGCAGGAGCGAAAGGGGCGGCACUGAGCAGCUGCAGCGUCGGGGCGGGUCGUCCUCCAUCUGGUGGGGCUAGGCGCUGCUCCAAGGAGGGGCCGGUGAGCGGGGAGAUGAGGAUCAGUGAAUCCCCGACUUCCUCCUCUGAAUGUAUGAGGAGAGGGGCGGCCGCAGCCACAGCCAUCCUUGCCCCUCCGACGCCCCAUUCUGUGGCAUCCUACUCCAUGCCUCCUCCCCCUCCCCCUCCACCACCCCCGCCUCACCCCUUGCACAUAAGCUCCACUGUGGCUGGCGGCUGGCUACACCACCCCCAUCACCACCCGCAUCCCGAGUUUUACUGCCCCCCAGCCCCCCUUACCCUGCCGCCCUCCAAAGAUCCAGCAUCUGCCCCUGGAGGUUCUAGCAGGGAAGUAAAAGUCACCGGCCCUACUUACGUCCCCUCUGUUGGGCCACUGGGAGACCUCGCAGCCCCUGACUGUCGUGGGGCAGGAGGAGGUGGAAGGAAAGGAGACGACAAAGCGGCUGAGAAGGUUGGAGGAGGAUCUUACGAAAGCUCCUCUCAGCAGCCCAGCGGCUGCCAGCGGAAGGAGCAGUCCCAGACGCACCAGCAGCAGCUGGGCUACGGCAAGGCCGACAAGCCCCCCGACUGGACCAACUCCCACAAAAACACCCCCAACCCGAGCCCUCAAGUGGAGCUGCGGUCCUGCAGCCUGGAUGCCUCAUCUUCCUCCAGAGAUGUGGAGGUGCUGGAUGAUGUUUAUCGGCCCUCGCUGCCGCUGGAAGCCCAGGGAACGCAUACCGGGGCUGGACUAGGAAUGUCUAAGAGCGGCCCGUACGCCAGCACUCCUCCCUUCAGAGACUGUCCCCAUGCAGGUCCUCAUCCUGACGGGAAGGCAGGAUCAGGGGCGACAUUACAGAGGGAGGGGCAGAAGGUGGCGAGGAUACGGCACCAGCAGCACAGCAGCCACGGGGCAGGAGAAGAGAAGGGAAAGGACGGAGGUCAGACAGCACCUUCAUGGGGGGCGCGAAGUGGCCACCAGGAGGACCAGAGAAAAACCUCCCAUCAUGCAACAGGUGGUAACAGUGAUGUAAAAGGGGUCAGCAGCAGGGCUCCUAACACCCACCCUCCAUCCCGCUCCUCCCCACACUCCACUGAAAGUGAGGGCAGUGCUAUGAAGAAUCUAAUGAACUACAGCUCCCAGCAGCCUUUGCUGCUGCCCCACCGGAGCCCCUUCGGAGGUCUUGGCUGCCUCAAGCAGGGUGGAGAGAGAUCAGAAAGGGGAGGCAGAGGUAACGCCUCACCGCAAGACCCCGCCAAGCAGCCGCUGCCCCCUCGCCGAGGCUCCAGCAAUGAGACGGAGAGAGGGGAGCGAGGUGGGAAGGAGGCGGGGGAGGCGGGAGAGGGGGAGGUGCGACAGCCACCAGUGGGGAUUGCGGUUGCAGUUGCCAGACCACCCCAUCGGCCCUCAGACACCCCACCUGGACACAGCAGACAGGGCAGGGUGCUGCCCAGCAUGAAAGGAGUGUCGCGCUCCGUGUAUCCACUGGGCCGGGAGGCGGAGGAGAGGAAGAGGAUGACAGAGGAACAGAUUAGUCUUCAUCAUCUGGACAGAGACCGAGAAAUGCUCAUCAGGGAAAACAAAGAUCGGGUGGAGUUUGCCAGGAUCCACCCCUCCAGUAGUUGCCACGGCGACCUGACCUCUCACCUCUUGGUCCCCGGCGGAGCCAGCCAGCUAGGGGCGGACCCUUCAGCACAUGCUCACCCAGCCCAUCACCAUUGGAUGCAGAGGACAGGAAGUCCCUCCCUUUGGAUGGGCCAUUCAUAUAGUCUGAGCCAUGUCGGGAUGAGUCCAGGCUUCCCAGCAGGUCUUCCCAGCCCUCUGCAGCCCGUCCUGGGGUCGCUAACUCAAGACCCCAACACCCCGCUGGUGGUCCUUCCUGCAGAACCUGGACCACAUCACCCACUUGAUGUGCUGGAGCAGUCAGGACUUUGGCCGCCUGUAUACGGAGGCCGGGGCCCCCCACCUCAUCUGCAGCAUCACCCCGUCUACUCACGCUCCUCGUUCCUACGGCAACAGGAGCUGUAUGCCCUGCAGCAUCAGCACCACCAGCAGCAACAGCAGCAGCAGCAGCAGCGAGCCAUGGAGCACAUGCACCGACACUCCUUAGGACAGAGAAAACCAGAGGAACACGCCAUCACCAUCGAAGACUCUUCUCACGAAUCUCUGGCAUCCAGAACUUCCUCGUCUUCCUCCUCCUCUUCCUCCACCUCCUCUCGAUCAGCCAAACCCUUCUCCCACACCCCGCCUCCUCCCAAGACCUCCACCCCGUCUCCAGGCGUGUGUCCCAGCAGCCGUCAGUCACCUUGUUACCACUCCCCGUCCAGGAGACCGCACCCGCCGAACCCCCUGAACCCUGCACCCAGCCCGGCGGCAGCAGCGCCCCGAUCGCCAGCGCUCAGCCCGGCUCCGUCACACCUGUCCAAAGGGUCAGACAGGGGCAGCGACAGGGGGGAGGGGCAGCCGCCUCAGGACUACCCACAGUCCUUAGAGCCAGACCUGCCACCUGUUUACACCUACCCUUCAAUCGCCACGGGAUACAAGGCAGGGCCCUCACCUUCUGAAGCCCGAUUGGCUGAGCAGGCCACUCUGGAGGCGGAGCCAGCGGAACCCGACUGCAAAUCUCGCCCACAUCCUUGCCACAUUCAGCCUCUCCCAGAAGAGGAAGAGGGGAGAGAGGAGGAAGAAGAAGAAGAGAAGGACUGUGAAGUGGUCGUGUCCCAGAGUGGAGGUACAGAGGGGGAGAGGGAGGAGCGGAGGCUGGAAGGAAAGGGGUGUCCUGUCUUGGAGUCUGCAUUGUCCUGCAACGAAAGCAAGAUCUGUAGAAUGCCACCACGCCCUGCCUCGUUUCCAUCCUCAGCCUCAGCUCCAUUUCCAGAUCCCGUCAGCCCAGCCACAGCCACAGGCAAAGCGCCAAAAGGUGAGCUGUCUCUGGGUCAGAAGGCAAGCCUUGAGGCAACGCAGCCUCCCAAAAACCAGGAAGAUGAGGGAGAGCGAGGAACAGAGGAGGAAGAAGAGAAAACCGAGCCAGAAUCGGCAGACUGCAGCGACUCUGUGCCUGUAGAGCUGAUUGAGCAGGAAGAGGAGAAGGAGGAUGUUGGCAAAGAUACAGGGAAUGUAGAGGUGGUUGAAGAUGAGGAGGAAGAGGAGGAGGAAGAGGAGGAGGGGAGAGGGAGGAGUCCAGGCAGGGAGUCAGUGGAGCUAAUAGGCAGCUCUCCCCCUUCCCCGUCCCGGUCCUCCACCCCCCUCCUCCCUCCUGUGGCCGGGGCAGCAGCAGCAGCCGAGCUCCAAGGGGCCUACAUGUGGAGCCUGGAGCUCCUGAUUGCCGCGGCUCUGUGUGCCACCAGGGACGCCCUGCACCCACCCGUCCCCACCACCCCCGCUCCGAGCCCCCAGCCCCACCACGGCAUGGAGAUACUGGGUGAGCUGGCCGAGCUGGAGAUCCAGCAGAGGAGCAGGGAGAGCCAGAAGACAGAGGCAGAGGGUGAGGACAUGCUGACCUUUGACCUCCACAGUCUGGCGACGCUGGCGGCCGCCCGGGCCCUGGAGAUGGAGGGAGGGGCUGUGGAUGUGGGGGCGGAGCAUCAGUGUCCAAUCAGGAAGAGGCUCAAUCUGCGCAGGAAGUGCAGCUGGACGCCUCGCCACGAGCCGGUGUGCCCAGUGAAGGGCUCCAUGGAGACGAUGGGAGGGGAGGAGCUGGCCAUGCGUGUCCAGUUGGCUGAGCUACAGCGCCGCUACAAAGAGAAACAGAGAGAGCUGGCCAAGCUACAGAGGAAACACGACCACCAGAAAGAGGAGACGUCUCGCAGCCCAGCCCGCCGGGGGCCCGGUCGCCCCCGCAAACGCAAGUCCACCCCCGGCCCGGCUGCUGCGGAGAGCUCCAAGAGGCUCAGGGCGGGGCUUAACCUUUUGGAGGAAAAGGCCAGGAAGAAGAUGUCCAACCAUGGCUUCAAUGGCCUCAGCGCUGCACAGAUGAAAGCGCGGUGUAAGCGCAGAGGUCAGCCCAGCACUCUGAGCUCCAGGCUGGCCAGGCGGGUCACCCAGCUGAAGCAGAAGGCAGUGGCCCAGCGCGGUGCACCAUCAGCAGGCAUGUUGCGCUGCAGAGGGGCCCCUGGGGCCGAAGCAGCCGCCAAGAGUCACUGCAGACAAGGUGGCACAGCUGACCCAUCAGGCCCACAGCAGGACUGGGCGGCCAAUCAAACAGUGAGGAGAAAGAGAGGUCGGAAGCCAAAGGUCCUGCUGGGUGUCGACCCGACCACAGCUCACCACAAAGAGUGCCGGACCUCCGAGAAACAGGAGGUCAGAGAGGAGAAGAGUGACAGCGAGAGCUCAGGACACGAGGAGGAGGAGGAGGGCAGCUACGACAGUGAAGACAGAGCCGGUGACACCAAGAUUAGCUCAUCCUCUAAAGAAGCUCCUGCAAACCCUGCUGGGAUUGUGUCUUUUUCAUCACAGUCCUCCAAGCUCCCAGCCAAUGAGAAACCCAGGAGUAAGAGACCAGGCCCUCCUGGCAUGGGGAGCAUGCCCAGUGCAGAUCUGAGGAGAGCCCCUGGGAGGCCGAGCCUUGCUAACACAGAGAGAGGAUGCCCAGACCACCAGGGGACUAAAAGAGCGUUGCUGCCCAGCUGGGGUGCUCUGUCAGUGGGCUGCAGCUUCGCUGACGGCAGGGGGAACCGCGGAGCUUUGCCAGAAUCAAACAGGACCAGCAAGGAAACCCUGAGGAAGAGCUUGGGAGCCCAGGGCAUUCUGGGAAAGAGGAGGGGCUUCUGGAUGGAAACCCAGAAACAGGACGGCUGCAGGGGCCGGAGGAGCCGGAGCAAGCAGGCCAAGGGCCACGCGGUGAGCCGGCUGCUGGAGAGUUUUGCCGCUGACGACGGGUUUUGCUUGGAUGAGGAAAGCAGCUUCUCCGAGGGGGAGGAGGAGGAGGACGAGGAGGAGGAGGAGGUGAUCCAUCUCCCUCCCAACAUGCCUAGCAGAAUUCCAGCUCUGCCUAACUGUGUGCUGAGUAAGGAGAUGCUGGUAGAUGGACUGAAGAUCCUGAUCUCUAAGGAGGACGAGCUGCUGUACGCCGCCUGUGUCCAAACUCUGGACCUGCCUGACAUAUUCAGCGUUGUGAUUGAGGGGGAACGAGGGAAUCGCCCCAGGAUCUACUCACUGGAGCAACUGCUUCAGGAGGCGGUGCUAGAUGUGCGGCCCCAGACGGAGGCCAUCUUGACCGCUGGGACACGAGUGUGCGCCUACUGGAGCGAGCGCUCUCGCUGCCUCUACCCGGGAUAUGUCCACCGAGGAGGUCCAGGUGAUGAUGAGAAGGAUGGAAGCGUGAUGGUGGAGUUUGAUGACGGAGACAGAGGGAGAAUCUCCCUCGCCAACAUCAGACUUCUGCCCCCAGGAUACCAGGUCCACUGUGCGGAACCUUCUCCAGCCCUUUUGAUCUCUCCCGGUCGCCGUGGUCGCCGUAGCUCCACCCAGGAGAAGAAAGACAUGCCCAUGGAGAAAUCAGCCAAUGGGGAGUCAGCAGGGAAGCCCCAGGAGAAAAGACCAGUUGGCAGACCGAAGAAAAUCCACUCAGUGCCUAAGACCGCCACCAUACCAACGUCGGCAUCAGACACUGUCACCAAAGGCAGCUCUUCCUCGUUGAGCUGGUCUGCUCCCAGGAAGAGGCCGCCGGUGGACUUCUUCCUCUUCAAUGGGACGUCCCGUAAGACACAGCGGAGGAUUCGAGACAUGAAUGUGUUCCAUCGACCCGCCUCCCACCCUCUUGCGCCCCCGCCCCCCACCAAAGGCAUCUUCAGCUCCCCAUUCGAAGUUGACUCCUUCAGCAGCAUCGCCAAUGGUUAUGCCGCCUUCGGAGGCAGUGGCAACUCAGGAGCCAGGCGGCCAGUUACCGCGGUAAAUUCUCUGGGUCUGCGGGACUCUUCCUCCUCCUCCUCCUCUGCCUGCUCCUCUGCUGUCGCCAUGGCAGCGGCUCCUGGGAACAGGAAGCCGUUGAGCGAGCGCGACAGGAAGCAGUUCCUGGUGAAGCUCGACCAUGAAGGAGUAACAUCUCCCAAAACAAAGAACAGCAAAGCCCUGCUUCGAAUUGGGGGGGGCGGAGGGAGAGCAGGCAAGGGCCUUGCCUCCACAGGAGCGCCACUGAGGUACAUCCACCCCGCCCUGCUGGUGAAGGACGGCAAGAAGGGAGGAGGGGAGAGAGAGAGCAGUGGGGUGAGGUCUGAUGCUCUUUUAAAGGGCGCUCCACCUCUGAGAAAGGACCUUCUGUCAUCUGGCCUUGGGGUCCAAGGUGGGGAUUAUAAUUUGGACUACCACAGCGACUGUCCCAGCUCCUACUCUGAGCUGGAUGAAGACGACGAUGAUGAUGGUCAAGAUGCCGUAGCACGUAGAAGAGCUGCAGCAGUCACGUCGCUUCGCGGCGGGCGUUUCCUCUCUCGUCUCUCCGUCUGCUCCUCGUCAUCCUCGUCUUCCUCCUCCUCCUCCGGCUCCCUGUCCUCAUCAUCCCUCUGCUCCUCGGACAACGACUCCUCCUACUCCUCUGAUGAAGAGUCCUCAUCUGUGCUGCUGCGCCGCGCGCUGCUCCAGCAGGACAAACACAAACACAGGCAGAACAUGACCUCUGACCUCCUCAACUCCGACCCUACCACGUCCAGCUCCUCUCCCUCUGCCUCAGCCCCGGCUCACAGCUACGUGGCCAAAGCCGCCAUGGCCGUCUCGGGGUCAAAGGUGAGGCCUGAGAGGACUGAAGACAGGAAGGAGUACAUGUCGAAGGGAAGUAUCGUGGCGAACAGCAGCACGGCCAAAGCCCAGAUCAAGAGGAAAGAAGGAGUUCCUAACAGCCACCCUCCGAGCCAGAGGAGUCCCGUGAGCCAGCAGAUGAAGCCGUCGCCCAAAGACACAUCGUCAGCUAAGAGACAGAGGAUGUCUUCAUCAGACGCUCUGCCCAACAUGGCCCCCCUGCUGCCGGGACGCCAGCUCUGGAGGUGGUCUGGCAACCCCACACAGAGGAGAGGUCUGAAGGGUAAAGCCCGCAAGCUCUUCUACAAGGCCAUCGUUCGGGGCAAAGAGACGGUCCGCGUGGGGGACUGUGCCGUGUUCCUGUCCCCCGGCCGGCCCCAGCUGCCCUACGUGGGCAGAGUGGAGAGCCUGUGGGAGUCGUGGAGCUCCAGCAUGGUGGUCAGGGUCAAGUGGUUUUACCACCCGGAGGAGACACGGCUGGGGAAGCGGCACCGCGACGGCAAGAAUGCCUUGUACCAGUCAAGCCACGAGGAUGAGAACGACGUCCAGACCAUCUCCCAUCGCUGCCAGGUGGUCAGCAGGGCCGAAUACGAGCACCUGAUUCGUCAACGAAAGCCCGGCAGCGUCGCUAACAACCUCUUCUACCUGGCCGGAACCUACGAGCCAACCACCGGCCAGCUGGUCAGCGCAGAGGGCGUGGCUAUCGUAUCCUAGCAACAACAGCAGCCGUAAUGGAAGAGAAAAAUGAACAAAGCCUCCAGCAUGGCUGCUCUGCUCUCUCUGCGGAGCUGACCUCGUCCGGGACGUCCAGAAUGGACCAAGAGAUAGACGGAAACGCGACAGAGUUUCGCUCUGCUCAUCGAUCUGUCCCUUGUAAGAGAAGGAGCUCGCCCAGUCGGAAAAAGCCAAGACGGGUACCGGUGGUUGGCGGAGUCUGGUUUGGUCUGGUGCGGGGAAAGUCUGACUUUUGGCUGAUUUUGACCUCCAAUCAGGCUCGGACUGGAGCUUCUCAUCAUGGCGAGAGUUUGUAGCCUUCCCUCCUGGGGGUGGGGAAAUCGUGGAAAUAUCUCUUUGUGCCGUUGCAACAAGACAACAACAAUGACACAACAAGGAACCAAGGACAUGAGCACUUUGGAGCGCGGUGAGGACGUGCUACGAAGACGGAUGCCGUGCUCGGCUUUCGAAGACAAAGACUGAUUGAACCCGGCGCUCUUUCAAGCAGACAGCAGAGUCUGUGGGAGAGAGGCAGAGGGACUGUAUGGUAAACCACACUGGUUUGGAUGGUUUUAAUGGUCUUAUACUGGUCGCCAUAGUUUGACAAUGACAGCAGGAUUGAGAGAUCCCCAACAGGACCAAAAACACUGUAGUUCGAACUUGUGUGUGUGUGUGUGUGUGUGUGUGUGUGCGAGUGUUUGUUUUUGCGAAGAGGCUGCGAUGACUCCGUUUGGUAUUUGACGAGCUCAAAGUAAAUAGUGCUUUAGCGCAUGUGUGUGUAUGUGUGUAUGUGUGUGUGUGUGCGUUGGUGUGCACGUGCGCCUGUGCAUUGUGUACUCACCGGCUGCGAGCCUCAACCACGUCACAAAACACCCUCAGUGUUUUUAACGCUCUAAAGAGAAACUCCUCUGAAUAGUAAUCUGUCCAAUAAUCCUACAGUUUCAGUCCGUGUGGCUGAAAGACAAAAAAAUAAAUGAAUUUUCUCCAGUCAAGCCAUACACGUCAAUACCUCUCUCGUAUCCUCCUAUUCAGGUGCAUACAAAUGUACAGUUAGUUGGAUUCUUUAUUUUAACCGUGUGCAUGGGUGCGUGUCUGCGCUUGUACAGCAUAAUGUAUAAAAUAGACAUUGUAAAUAGUAUACAUAUAUAUUUGUUCUUUUUUUGCAGAGACUAUUGAUUUUUUAGGUGUGUGAGAGUGUGUAUAUAUGUGUGUAUGUGUGUGUGUGUGUGUGUGUGUGAGGGGGCGGGGUUCUGACUGAGGGAGGAGGCGGGGUUUAGUUCCCUUCCCUCUCCGUGCACUGAAUAGAAUCAGAGGUGGGGAUUGGUCGAUUAUUUGGGGUCAAACUGUACAAAUGUUAUGAAAUUUGAGGGUGAGCUCGCUGCUUCAGGCGAGGGAUGAACGUUUCAAUGGGUCGGGGGAAAGGGUGUUUUUAUACGGAAAUCAAAAAGGCUCUUUUUAAAUGUAUGUCCAAAACCAUUGUCGGUCUUUUUUUUUGUACUUUGUUGGGUUUAUGAUGUGCAUUUCCUGUGGGGUUUUCAAAUCUCUCUCUCUCUUUUUUUUUUUUUAAAAAUACUGGAAAAGAAACUGAGUUUCUGCUGUUCUCUAAUCCUUAAAGAAUCUAGUUCUUGUUUAUCUAUUUUAGCCUGUAUUCCUAUAAAAUGUAGAUAUUUAUCUGGCCUCAAACAAAAAAAAAAAAAAAAAGAAAAACAUACCAAAGCACCUCCGAGUUUACGCUUCGCAGCAUUUGAAGAAUGCAAUAUAAU